AUGGACCAGUGGUUAAAGGACAUGGAGCGAAUUUUUGAUGCCAAGAUGUGCAUUGCGGAGAAUAUAUUGGCUUUUGUUAUUGCCGAGAGAAAAAAGUUGUUGUUCCCCAACUCAGAGGAGCCAGAGUUGUUAUCAUCUCAAGGGGUCAUGAAAGAGAUUCAAGCUGGCGCGCAGUGCUUCAUAAUCUUUACGCAUCUAAAUGUGGAGAAGGAGGAAAAGACGUCAGUUAUACCUGUGGUGCAUGAGUUUGAGGAUGUGUUCCCGAAGGAAGUACCAGGGUUACCUUCUAGUAGAGAGGUGGAAUUCUCUAUUGACCUAGUGCCAAGAACUGGUCCAAUGUCGAUGGCUUCAUAUCGUUUGGGUCCGGCAGAACUGGUAGAGCUCAAGAAUCAAAUUGAAGAGCUAUUGGGAAAAUAG